CGCCUGCCUGUGCUUUCCCGAGUGUUGGGAUUAAAGGGUGUGCCACCAUCGUCCGUAAAAUAAUUUUAAUCCGCUAGUUUUAUGAUCUUGUGUAUUCGCUCUGCUCCAGUACCCUAGUCAAAGGAAACAGACCUUGUAGUCACCACUCUCAGCACUGGAGGAGGGCGGGGGCAGAGGCCAACUAUGUGCACAGUUUUCCUUAAGUGCCCGCGGGCCGCGCCCCUUCCUGCACUCAAGCCUCUCAGCAAAAAGCCUGUUUCAGCUUCUGCGGGCUGGGUCCUGGAGGACCGGAAGCAAACGCUGGCCUCCUUCAGCGCAGGCGCCGACCGGCCGGUCCCAUUAGUGGAUGUGGACCAGCGCUGUGGCGCGUCCCCGGCUCCUCUUGAGCCCUCUUAGGUCCUGUUUUGAGUGGAGUUCUCAGUCCUCAGUCGCUCACUGUUCCCACAUAUUUUGGAGCUGGGAAGGACGUGGAUGAGGACGUUCUGUGCAGCCUCCCAACCCCCGCGGGAUGGCCUAGUCCUUUAACAGCACCAGGCAAGAGUACCGCUCUCAGAACCACUGUGAUCUGGUUCUCGGAUGCUACCGAAGAAAGCGAGCGGAGAGUGGUCCAAAUCUUGCUGCUGAUUCUGUGCCGACCCUAAAGACCGUGCGUUUUCGAACGGCAAGUUUCACCUUCUGUAAGGUUCCGGGCCAGACGCCUGCACAAACUGUAGAGCCCGAGCUAUGGCGACCGAGCAUACCCCAGCAGAGGGAGCACAGUUGGCCCUCUCCUCUGUCACCCUGCGGGAGGAAGAGCCGCAGAAACCCAACUAUGCUGUCAAACUUACACUUACGGGGCACUCGGCAGCCAUAUCAUCAGUUAAAUUUAGUCCUAACGGAGAAUGGCUAGCAAGUUCUGCUGCUGAUACACUAAUUAUAAUUUGGGGGGCAUAUGAUGGGAAAUGUAAGAAAACACUCUGUGGUCAUAAUCUGGAAAUAUCAGAUGUUGCCUGGUCUUCAGAUUCUAGGCGUCUGGUUUCUGCCUCAGACGAUAAGACUCUAAAGUUAUGGGAUGUGAGAACUGGAAAAUGUUUGAAAACACUGAAGGGACACAGCGAUUUCGUCUUCUGCUGUAAUUUCAACCCACCAUCCAACCUCAUUGUUUCAGGAUCGUUUGAUGAGAGUGUGAAAAUAUGGGAGGUGGAAACAGGAAAGUGCCUCAAGACGUUGUCUGCCCAUUCGGAUCCCAUUUCUGCUGUGCAUUUUAAUUGUAAUGGGUCCUUGAUAGUGUCGGGGAGCUAUGAUGGUCUUUGUAGAAUCUGGGAUGCUGCAUCAGGCCAGUGUUUAAAAACACUUGCUGAUGAUGGUAACCCUCCCGUGUCUUUUGUAAAAUUUUCUCCAAAUGGUAAAUAUAUUCUCACUGCAACUUUGGACAGUACUCUUAAACUGUGGGAUUACAGCAGAGGCAGAUGCCUGAAGACAUACACUGGCCAUAAGAAUGAGAAAUACUGCAUAUUUGCCAGUUUCUCUGUUACUGGUGGAAAGUGGGUUGUGUCUGGCUCAGAGGACAACAUGGUUUACAUCUGGAACCUUCAGACUAAAGAGAUUGUACAGAAGUUACAAGGUCACACAGAUGUUGUGAUCUCAGCAGCUUGUCACCCUACAGAAAACAUCAUUGCAUCAGCAGCAUUAGAAAAUGACAAAACAAUUAAACUAUGGAGGAGUGACUGCUAAAGUCUCUGGCAAUCACUGACUAGCGCUAAGUUAGAAGCAAAAUAAAAAGGAUGGUUUCUCUGAA